GAAGACAGUAACAAUUCCAUAAGCAAGUGUUGUCAGUCCGGGUUGUUGUUGUCUCUCUCUCUCUCUCUUCUUGGAAACGGGGAUAUCGGGAAGACUUUUUUUUUUAAUUCUAAAAACACGUAGGGACAAUACGAAAGCUGGACACAAAGAUAACAAUCUCCACUUUCAUCUCUUGACGGCUUGAAAUGUUUAGUAUUGUAAAAUGGGAACGUAGAUAUUUCCUAGGAAUCGUCGUUCUGCUGGGGCUGGUGUGCCCGCCACUCGUUAUAUGCCGAGAUGUGGAGGUUAUGACCAACCACUGGCUGGUGGAACUGGACCAUCCGGGUGGAGAGCGGGUGGCUAGAGAUGUGGCUCACAGGACAGGAUUUACGUUUGUUCGAUCGGUACUGGGGUCUCCGUCAGAAUUCCAUUUCACACAUAAAGGUGUACCACAUGCUCGAACAAAACGAAGUAUUCACCAUUCACGACUUUUAAAAGCACAUCCUAUGGUAAAAAGUGCAGUACAACUUGCGGGAUUUCUACGACAGAAACGAGGAUAUAAAAAUAUUGAGAAUAUUUUAGCGGAGGCGUCGCGGAUAAACCCAAAGCCAUCCAAAUUAGCAGAAAUCGAAAAACAGCAUUCACGUAUACCAACAGAUCCAGAAUUCCACAAAGAAUGGUACAUCAGAAACACAGGACAGAGUGGAGGUGUAGCCGGGUUAGAUCUCAACGUCCAGGACGCAUGGGAUGCUGGGUACACGGGGAAAGAGGUUACUACGGCCAUUAUGGAUGAUGGAAUUGAUUACCUUCAUCCGGAUCUGCGAAACAACUACAACGCCGAAGCCAGUUAUGAUUUCAGUAGCAACGACCCUUACCCUUAUCCCCGCUAUACAGACACAUGGUUCAACAGUCACGGAACCCGCUGUGCCGGCGAAGUGUCGGCAGCCAGAGACAACGGCGUGUGUGGGGUCGGCGUCGCCUACGGAUCCAAGGUUGCAGGUCUUCGUAUGCUGGAUCAGCCGUUCAUGACCGACCUCAUUGAAGCUAACGCGAUGGGACACAUGCCCAACGCCAUCGACAUCUACAGCGCCAGCUGGGGACCCACCGACGACGGCAAGACAGUCGACGGACCACGCAACCUUACAAUGAGGGCCAUCGUCAACGGCGUAAACAACGGACGCAAAGGCAAGGGGAACAUCUACGUGUGGGCGUCUGGUGACGGCGGUCCCAAUGACGACUGCAACUGUGACGGCUACGCCGCCAGUAUGUGGACGGUGUCCAUCAACUCGGCCACCAACGACGGCCAGACGGCCGGCUACGACGAGUCGUGUUCGUCAACUCUGGCGUCGACGUUCAGCAACGGCAAGUCAACGUCAAGAGAUGCUGGAGUGGCUACAACCGACUUGUAUGGCAACUGCACGUCCAGUCAUUCUGGAACCUCGGCAGCUGCUCCUGAAGCUGCAGGAGUCUUUGCUCUGGCCCUCGAGGCAAAUCAGAACCUCACCUGGCGAGAUAUCCAGCACCUGACUGUCCUCACUUCCAAGAGGAACUCGCUGUACGACUCUAACGGCGUGCAUGAGUGGAAGUACAACGGCGCCAGGCUGCAGUUCAACCACCUGUUUGGCUACGGCGUGCUGGACGCAACGUCAAUGGUCGACUUGGCCCGAACCUGGAAGGGCCUGCCAGAGCGGUUCCACUGCACAGCUGGGACCAUCACUGAAGACAGAGAGUUCGAUGUCAAUAAUCCUAUUCGGAUUAUCAUCGACACGUCUGCGUGCGAAGGCAGCGAGAACGAGGUUAACUUCCUGGAGCACGUGCAAUCGUUCUUGACGCUGCGAUCGUCGUACCGCGGUACGAUCACCGUCUACCUGACGUCACCCAUGAAUACAACAUCGAUGAUCUUGAGCCAGCGCCCCAACGACGACGACGACAAGAACGGCUUCACCCGCUGGCCCUUCAUGACGACGCACACGUGGGCGGAGAUGCCCCGCGGCCGCUGGACUCUCAACAUCGUCCUCGAACCCAUCCUGGGCCUCAAGUCGAACGGCGAGACCGGGCUGUUCAAGGAGUGGACCCUCGUGCUGCACGGCACGAAGCUGGCCCCGUACGCGGGACAGCCCGUCAACAGGGACACCCAGAAGACCCUGUACAUGGUGAAGAGACAGCACGAGACCGUCAGCAGCGAGAAGGGAAUCCUGCUGUAAAUCGGUGCAACGUCACACGUCACGUGACUAGUGACUAGUCUUUAAGUCACCACGUGAUGACAUAAUAGCUAGCAUGUCACUGACGUUACUCUUCUAACCAUAACAAGCUGUUUUGAAAGCCAAAAUUGAAAAAUAAAAAAACCGACUAUUUUGAACUUGAACUUGGAAUUAGGUGAUGGUCCGUGUCAAAAUUUUAACAAGAACAAAAUACAUAUUUUUGAACUUGAAAUAAGAUUAUUCAUCGCCCCGUGUGAAAAUGUAAAGAAAUGAAUAAUAAAUGAUGUUAUCACAUGAAACAAAUGUGGAAAUCAAAGGACUAUGAUCAAUUCAGGAAAAUAAAAUUUGCAGAUACAUUGCAAAAUAAAGGUCAACAAUAUAUUUAUCACAAUGUGAAAGUAUUACAAUAUUUUCAUACGGCAUAAUACAGAUUUUAUUCAACUAGAAAGUGUUUUAAGUUUUGAAUGUGUUGUUCCUUAUACUAGAGAGAUCAUCUUAUUAAGAUAAAUUAUUGAAUGCAUUUUUAAUUUAGAUUGUUACAUUGAUCUUUGUUGACUAUGGUGUUUUAUAUAUAUAUAUAUAUAUAUAUAUAUAUAUAUAUAUAUAUAUAUAUUCCUGAUUUUGAUGAAUGGAGCAUUUCUCAUCACGAUCUGUUCAUAAUUCUUCAUACCGUAGUCAACAAAUACAGAGAAUGUAGUCGCAGGGUCUGCGAGGGUGAGGUAGGGAGGGACGCAUGCUGUUGAAAGCCCCAUCUCCCACGCCACCCUCACAUCACUCAUAUCCCAGUACAAAUAGUAACUGUGGACUCUUGGUUUGUUACUUGUUACAACUAAUCCUUCUUUCUGUAAGUUAAUAACAAACCUGAUUUCGAACAAUAAAUGUUUAAAACAUAAUUACAACCAUUAAAUGGGUGGGUUUUUUUAAUAAUUACAUCCAUUUGUAGCUAAUGAGACUUUAAUCGAAGGUUGUUUCUUCCACUAAGAAGAGUUGAAAGUAAAAUAAAACUCGAUUUAUAUGCAGUGUUAUCCCUAGAGGAAUUUAUUACAAAGUUGCUAGCGUUGAACCUAUCAAAUAUUAAUGUGAUAUAAGAUCCUUUUGACACAUGCAAGUCUUCAAAGAGUGCUCAGCACCAGUAUGGUGUAACGCUCAUCGAAAUGGUAAAAAAUGUCCUUCAGCAGAUCUGGACUAAAAUUACAAUUUCACCAAAGUCAUGUAUUAUAAUUAUUGGAUGCUAUAUAAAACAAAUUUAUACUGAUUUGUUCAGCCACCAGAUGUAUUCCAGGCACUAGUUUUAUCAUUUAUUUAUAUUAGUCUAAAAGCGUACUUGCUCCACCAGAUACGUUUUCAUGGAUGCAUGCAUUAUUUAAAUCACUAAAUUGCUAUCUUUCCUUCAUUAAAAUGACAUGAUAAAAUCGUUUUUGUACGCAUCUGCCUGAACCUUUUGAGGAUAGUGGCACGGUGACAGCGUUUCACUCAGCUGUGCUGUACAUAAUAAAACAGUUGGCGAAUUACUAGAGGCAUUUAAAAUGUGUCUUUAAAACAUUAUCAAUUGCAUUUUAUGCACCCAAACACAAUUUGUUUUACUAUACGCAGAAACUAAAUAAAACGCAUUAACCUCCUUCAGCUUGAAUAUAGUUACUGUGGUUCUAUAUAUGAAAUAAUACAGACAUAUACAUUCAGAAUGCAAUCGCAUGUAUAAUAAAGACUUAAAUAUUAAAACCUCACAUCCAAUGAUAAUUAGUACAUGUGUUUUGUGACUGUGCAAACUGCAGAUAAGCAGACGCCCUCGACGUUAGGCCUGGCAAUAAGUCGUGUUUGCUGUGUUGUUAUUGUUUACGAUGUUUAUUGUCAUGUACAGAUUUCACGUGUCUGUGUUACACCUUGUUACGUUGCACCGCACAACUGUGAACAGGCUCACCAUACCGGCUGUGUUUUUAGAAGAUCACAAUAUUUAAUCCACCUAGACGUAUACAGUCUAUAUAUGUCCUCCCUCCCCCGUGUUUUUAUGAUGGAUAGUUAAACCGUUGUAAGCUAUGCAUGCCCAGUUCUAGGUUUCGUAAUGGGUGAGAGGGGAGAGUACUAUUAAAGUUACAAACCCUAGUUUUAACCCGUGAAAAUGGACACUAUAAUAUUAUUUGGUUAAUCUACAGACAUGUAGACACAUGUGACACAUCUGUAUCAAGUUACGGUAAAGUGAAAGAGUAUAUGACGUUGAAACUCUAAAACUUGUCUCCAUAACCGUUACUUCUUAGGUAUAAGUGCGGGGUUUUUUUUUAGAAUUAUGGAAUAUGCAUUUCGAGUUAUUGCCAUCACCGGAACGCACGUAAAUUGAUAAAUCUACACAACGUAAGUAAUGUCUGAGUCCAUGUAUUAAAAACGGAUCUAAUAGUGAAAAAUACGUCUUAGUGUUUAAGAACUAGUGUCUGUCACUUUAAUGUAACGACUAAAAAUAGGGGGCUUAGGCACCUUGGGCUCCUGUUAUAUCCGCGCCUGCUUAAUAAAACAAAAGAUGUGUCCAUUAUAUUAUCUUCUGGGAUCAUGGUUGAUGAUUGAAACAGCAAUUAAUUGGUAUCGCAUCUCGGCAUCUACGUCUUUAAGUUUCAACUGAAUGCAAAUCACAAACUUUAUGUGCGCGUCACUGGUCUUGACAAUUUUACAAUCUUGAAGUUUAAACAGUUUGUUUUAAAUGAAGCCAGUAACGCAGUCAAAUUUUAUUGCGGUUUCAUCUACUUCAAUACCAUGCAGUAAUCACUGACAGUUGGGUCAAUGUGACAUCCAUGAUACUAUGGCAUGAAAGACUCUUGGAACAAAAUUAAAAUCAACUCGAGAGUACAUUGACUCUGUACGUAAGGGAGCUCCUACCGAUGGCUAUCAUCUUUUAUUUGAAGAAAGCUUAAGGGUCUUCAGAAUACAUUACUUUUUGUAACGGACGGGAACUCUCGGUCAUAAUGGGUUCUAAGAGUGCUAAUACAAGAAGUCGUUUAUUGAGUAUUUCUAUGGUAGGCUUGGAACGGUUUGGCUAUCCAUUGUAUAUCGUGAUAUAUUUAUUGAUUUUAUUCCUUAUAUAUUUAUUAAACUAUAUGCAAUAAAACUUGUAUUUAUGGACGCCCCUCUGUGAGGUUUUGAGUCAAAUUAUCUUGUAUUUAAGGACGCGCGCAUUUUGGAGAAACCAAAAAAUGCUUCUUCCUAAAGAACAUAAUAUAUAUUAUGGGCUUGAGGUAGUCUUAGCGAGUCAUUUAUUUACAAGGUUUAUUGUAUAUAUAAAUAUUGUAUUUUUGUCUCUGCUCACAUAGUAUAUUUUGUGUUGAUUUUAAGAAUCCCACCUAAAGUAAAUACUGUAUUUUUCAGCCUAGUUUGAAAAUAAUACGUGUUAAGAAGAGGUAGCUUUUGACAAUACCUAACAAUAAAAAAACCUUUGUUUUAUAACUUUGCUUCAUUAUCUCGGUACAUUUGUUUUGGCAAACUUGGUUUAAUUCAUAUGCAUUUAAGUUCAUGUUUGUUCUUUAUAUCGGAGGUUCAACCACACAGUCUAAGCUUUCUGGACUUCGUGGGCAGGAAAUACAUUACACAUCGACCUAACAGAGGAAACAUGCAACCGCGUGACGUCACAUGGGCGCCAUGCCUACCAAUUAGAAGCAAGGACAGCAUAUAUCACGGCUUUUUUUUUUUUUUUUUUCUUUUUUUUUUUUUUUUUUUUUGUAUAUCCCUUGCAAAGUUCUGGCAAUGUUUAGAGCAAUGUGCAAGUAGUACCAAUGAGAACAAUGCAUUGAUGCACGGUCAAAUAGCACCCGGGAACUGGAUUUACAUAUCUCAGUUGGCAAAGCAUUUCCUGGGGUGCUUUUACCGUAUGAUGGAAUCCCUUCGAUGACUUCAUUCUCUGACUGGCUUUUGGUUUUGUCUCCCAUCCCAACCAAUGCCUUGCAACUGGUAUAUCAAAAGUUGUGGUGUGUGCUGUCCUGCAUAUGGGAAUAUAAAAGAUCUCCUGCUGCUAAUGAAAAACAAAAUGUAGCGGGUUUCCUCUAAGACUAUAUGUUAGAAUUAUUAAAUGUUUGACAUCCAGUAGUCGAUGGUGUAUAAAACAAUGUGCUCUAGUGGUGUCGUUAAACUAAAUAAACUUGCACUUUAAUAGCACCCAGUAAUAGCGGCAGCGUACUUAAUAUUUCUAGAACAAAUGUAACAAGUAUUGUAUAUAUUAGACACCCAAUUGCCGUAACUUAAAAUAUGUUGUAAUGUGGUGUCGAUAAGCAAAUAUCUCUUUCUUUGCAUUCCCACCGAUUUGCAAUACUUAAUCAUUUGUUCUGUUCAGUAAUGUGAAUUGCAGUAUGUUAUACGUAAUGCUGUUUAUAUUCCAAUUAAUGGUGUUAGUGUUUAUUUGUUAUAUUAAGCAAGUGAAAACAGCUGCCAUUUACAUUUUAAUUCUACUAAUAUCAGUGAAUCCCACCUGAUGGAUCGAGAGAAUCCAUGACAUUUGUUUUGUUAGAAGCCUCAGUGUGAUUUUUGUUGAGUAUUUUUCUCAGUCUGUGUCCUCUGUUAUAACCGUCAAGUUAAGAUCUGUUAAUAAAAGGCUGUUGUAGGGCA